AUGGAGUACCAGGAAUCGGAUGUCAUGGACUUAGACAGGCGGCCCCUGGGCGAGCUCAGCACGUAUCCGGUGAAGUCCGCGCUGAAUCUCGACGAGGAGUACCCUAUCCUCCGGUCCCUUUACACAGACUUCGAAACCACAUACAAAGCAGGUCCCUGCCUUGUCUGGACGAUCGGCCGCUACUACGUUGCCCCCACUGCAGUUACCCUGUACCUUCUUUUCUGCUACUUCGGCACGAAAUGGAUGAAGAACAGGCCGGCGUAUGACCUGCGACGGCCCCUGAAGUACUGGAACUUGUUGCUCGCCGUCUUCAGUUUUAUGGGCAUGAGCCGAGUCGUUCCCCACCUGUUUGAGAUUCUGCGCCGCUGGGGCUUUGAAGUUUCCAUCUGCUCGCCGCCAGUCUACACGUACGGCCACGGCGCGUGUGGCCUGUGGGUGUUUCUCUUUAUCUACUCGAAGUACUUUGAGCUCCUGGACACUGUCUUCAUUAUCCUGCGCAAGCGGCCUCUGAAUUUCCUGCACUGGUACCACCACGCGACAGUGCUGCUGUACACGUGGGACGGCUACUGUGUGGAGCAGCCCGCCGGCAUCUACUUCAUCGCGAUGAACUACAGCGUGCACGCCGUCAUGUAUUUCUACUACUUCCUCGCUGCGCAGUUGCAGCGCCCGCUGUCUUGGGGUAUAUUUGUCACCAUCGCCCAGAUUUCGCAAAUGUUUGUCGGGGUUGGCGUGACCUGCGCCUCGCUGUAUUACGCUUUCGCGUACCCUCUCGAGAACAAGUGGACAGUUGCGCAGUUCACAGAUCCGCUGUCACACGGGCAAUACAUCAACUCGCACAACCUGUUCUACGGUCUCCUUAUGUACUCGACGUACCUGUAUCUGUUCGCGGAGUACUUCAUCAAGCGCUACGUGUCCGGCUCUUCCUCGCACAAGAAGAUUCAGGCGAGAAAAGCUGAGUAG